CUUAGCUAUUUCCAAAAAGACAGGUUGUUCCACCAAAUAACAAACACCGUGAAAGUAUCGAGGGUAUAAGACUUAAUCCCACCAAGAACCUAACCCGUACGUUAGCCGCCAUCUUACAAUUCAGCAAUGUCCGAUUACAGCUACAAGAGACAGAAAGCAGACACUUACGGUAGCGGACUUUUAGCGGCCAUCGAUUUGAACACCGGGAGCAGCAUUCCCCAGCCGUCGUCGCUCAAAAGUCGUUUGUCGUUAGCCGCCAGGGCCAAUUUUGGGGCCUCUAAUCGCCAGAGCAUCACCAACAACGGGCUAUUUGCCGGUGUCGCACCUGGUUCCGCGAGACGCAAAUCUAUUGCGAUGACGCCUGGGACAGUUAAUAGACGCUCAAGUAUGGUGCCCAAUUCGGCGUCCCAUACGCCAAGCGCGCAACUUUUUGGGUCACAGGGAACGCUUCAGUCGAAGGACCCGCGACCUCUCAGAGACAAGACGUUCCUGCAGGCGAUGCAGCAAGAGAUUUUGAACUUUUUGAUCACGAACCGGUUUGAAAUCGUCAUGAAGCACCCGAUCUCCACCAAAACGUUGCGCCAGCCGACGCAGAAGGACUUUGUGUUGAUUUUCCAGUUCUUGUACUGCAAAAUCGACGAGGGCUACCUUUUCAGUAAGUCGAUUGAACACGAGGUGUUCCUGCUCUUGAAGAUCGUCAAGUACCCGUACCUCGACUCCAUCAACAAGUCGCAGAUAAGCGCUGUUGGCGGUCAGAACUGGCCCGUCUUUUUGGGCAUGUUGUACUGGCUCGUAAAGUUGAAUGUUUCGUUGGAUAAGGUGAAUGUGUUGGACUUUGAGAACUGUUUCGGCUUUGAGGCCCAGCAGACAGACGGUAGCGAAACCCCUCAGCAAUUGAUAGACAAAACCGAUGACAUCAUUGAUGGGAUUCUAUCGUCCUAUAUCUUCAACUCGUACAAGGCCUUUUUGCGUGACGAAGACGAGUUCAGCAGUCAGUAUAAAGAGGCGGAAAAAUUGGUCAAUGCUCACAACCAAAAGAUUGCCGGUACCGCGAAACAGUUAGAUGAAACAAACGACGAUUUGUUGAAUAAGUUGAAUCGCCUCACUCGCGAUGCUGACGUUUUAACCAGUGCCGAGCAAAAAUCGCACGCUCUAGAGGGAGACUUGGUCAAAUUCAAAGCCUAUAUUGAUACGAUGGAGCAGCGGAAGCUCAAAUGGGCGUCGGUUUUGGAGAAGAUCAAAACAGAGAUAGCCAAUACCGAGAAAGAGUUGAGCCAGGUGCGCAAGGAGGAAGAGACAAGCGCCCAGAAGGUACAAGAACAAGGCUUGAGUCCGGCGGAUAUUGACAGAAUGUCCCACGAGCGAAGCCGGUUGUCCAAAUCCAUCGACAGCAUCAAUGUCAAGCUUAACCACACGUUAUCCGUGUUACGUGACAGAGAGUUGGAGGCAACCAGCAAUUUUGAAAGCUUGGAGGCUGCAUUGAAGAAAUACAACACCACGGUGUACAAAAUCCAAUCGUUAUCGUCCACGUCCAUUGCGAACAUUACGCCGCCAGAGCACGAGUUCGAGAUCAGAUUCACCCAUGAGAAUAUGCUCGGUGAGGACCUGCUCGGGGUAAAGCACGACGUGAUUUUGGAUAAGGAUCUCAAGUCGGAAAAGGUCAGUCUUCUCAACUACCGCACAAGGAUUGCGUCCAAUAUCCACAAGCACCAAGAUGAGGCCAUCAAACUCCAGGAGAAACUAGACUUGCUCAGCGAAACGGUAAAUGAGAGGAACGAAGCGAUCGAGACGCUAGAAGCUCGAGUGGGCACUUCGAAGAUAACCUAUGACGAGGUAUACGAAUCGAUGAAUAACGACUCUACGACCUCCUCCACCGAGGUAGAGAAGCUUGAGCGGGAGUUACAGAUGAUGAAGAUGAAUGCAACGCAGGGGUCUCUCCGAGUAGAGCAGCGGGCGCAGUCCAUAAAGAUCGAGCACGACCAGUUGGUCCAUCUGAUCCAAAAUCUCCGCGAACAGCUACACUCGAAGGUCGAGCAGAUGAUUGAGUACUGCAUCAGUUUUAAGCUCAACAUUCAGGGAAACUUGGAGGAUUUUGAAACCUUUGUCUUGGGAGAAUGUGAACAGGAGUUGAGUGUCUAGAGUUUAAGUGGUAUUGGAGUGGGUUAAUUGAUUUAUGUUUAUCGAGACUGUAAGAUAGGAACUAAUGCUUGGGUGGGAAUUAGAAAAGUGAGCUACGGGCCAUAUUCGAGGAAACUAAUCUUACCGGGUUUACAUCUGAGUUAUAGAGUUGGGACAUUCGCUGAUUUCCUUAUUGGGGUUAAUUAUCGACCCACCAGGCAUUAUUGUACCAUUAGGCAGCUCUCCUUGAAAUUAGAGUCUAUGCCUCGUCUAUCACCCUUUGCCAUGAAGAUGGAAUUUUACGUGC